UGGCUUAUUGCAUUGGCAUCACCUUGCUUUGUCUGAGAGAGUUUGCAGCUGAGGCUUCAGGAUGGAGAGCAAUGAGGAAUACAGUCACUCCCCAGAUGCCCCAUGAAAUUGUAAUCCCUCAGUGGAGAGCGGAUGCAAACUCAGGCAACGACAAGCAUCCAUUGAGAGCGGAACUCAGGAUAACAGCUGAAGGAAGAAACUUUAUUGUGGAUGUUGAAAAAAAUGAGGAUCUCUUUGCACCAGACUACACUGAAACUCAUUAUACCAAAACUGGAACAGCCCAAACCAUCUGCUUGAACAAAACAGAUAAUUGCUUUUACCAUGGAAGAGUGAGGGCCAUCCGUGAAUCAAGUGUGGUGCUCAGCACAUGCAGAGGUCUACGUGGCCUUAUAGUUAUAAGCAACAACCUUAGUUACAUCUUAGAACCUCUUCCUGAUAGCCAGGAGCAUCACUUCAUCUACAGGUCUGAGCAUCUCAAAGUUCCUCACGGAAGCUGUGGAAGUAAGCAUUUAGAGUCAAAGGUGACAGAUUGGCUUGCAGAGUUGACAGGCCGAACCGAACCCCGUUACCACAGGGUGAAGAGGGAUGAUCAACAAUCAGUGAAAUAUGUGGAGCUUCUAUUAGUAGCUGAUUAUGCAGAAUUUCAGAAAAAUAAACAUGAUCUUCAAGCAACCAAGAAUAAAUUAGUGGAAGCUGCCAAUUAUGUAGAUAAAUUCUACAGGUCGUUAAAUAUACGGAUUGCUCUAGUUGGACUUGAAGUCUGGAAUGACUACAAUAAGUGUGACAUCUCUGAGAACCCACAUUCAACUCUUUGGUCAUUUCUUGCUUGGCGCCGCAAAUUACUAAUACAUAAAAAGCAUGACAAUGCCCAGUUGAUUACUGGGAUGUCCUUCCAUGGUACUACUAUUGGCUUGGCCCCUCUGAUGGCCAUGUGUUCCGCUUAUCAGUCUGGAGGAGUAAAUAUGGAUCACUCUGAAAAUGCCAUUGGAGUUGCUGCCACUAUGGCCCAUGAGAUAGGCCACAACUUUGGCAUGAGUCAUGAUUCAGUUGGCUGCUGCUCUACCAGUCCCAGAGAUGGAGGAUGUAUUAUGGCUGCUGCAACAGGAGCCCCCUUCCCCAGAGUCUUCAAUGAAUGCAAUAGGAAAGAGUUGGAACGGUAUCUGCAAUCUGGCGGUGGGAUGUGUCUUUACAAUAUGCCAGAUACAAGGACCAUAUAUGGAGGACAGAGGUGUGGAAAUGGGUAUCUGGAAGAAGGAGAAGAAUGUGAUUGUGGAGAAGCAGAGGAAUGUCAUAAUCCUUGUUGCAAUGCUGCUAAUUGCACUCUGAAGCAGGGCGCUGAAUGUGCUCAUGGAACUUGCUGUCACAAAUGCAAGUUGGUUUCACCUGGAACUCUUUGCCGGGAACAGGAGAGAACAUGCGACCUACCAGAAUACUGUUCGGGCAAAUCACCAUUUUGCCCUGCAAACUUCUAUCAGAUGGAUGGUACCCCGUGCGAGGAUGGCAGGGCAUAUUGCUACAAUGGAAUGUGUCUGACAUACGAGCAGCAAUGUUUGCAGCUUUGGGGAUAUGGAGCAAGGCCAGCCCCUGACCUUUGCUUUGAGAAAGUUAACGCUGCCGGAGAUUCCUAUGGGAACUGUGGGAAGGAUAUCAGUGGGAACUACAGGAAGUGCGACACAAGAAGUGCUAAAUGUGGCAAGAUACAGUGCCAAAGUUCUGCUUCGAAGCCUCUGGAGUCCAAUGCUGUUGCAAUUGAUACAACUAUCAAAUUAAAUGGAAGAGAAGUUCAUUGUCGUGGUACCCAUGUCUAUCGAAAUGAAGAAGAUGAAGGAGAUAUAUUAGACCCAGGCCUUGUGAUGACGGGAACCAAAUGUGGCGAUAGUCAUGUGUGCUUUGAGGGCCACUGUCAGAAUACCUCUUUCUUUGAUAGUGGACAUUGUGGAAAAAAGUGCAAUGGCCAUGGAAUUUGCAACAACAAUCACAACUGCCAUUGUUUCAGUGGAUGGGCACCUCCAUUUUGUGAUAAACCUGGAAAGGGAGGAAGCGUGGACAGUGGCCCCAUGCUUGAAAAAAGUCCUAUUCCAAUCAUCAUAGGUGUCCUGGUUUCCAUCUUGCUUUUGACUUUAAUUGGAAUAGCCUUUUGCUGUUACAAAUGGAGAGCUAAACUUGUGCCAAUUAAGAAGACUAUUUUUGCUCCCAAGAAAACCCAACACUCCAGCACACCUCCUUCCAUUCAGAAGGAAGCGAAUGGACAUACCAACCCAGCAUUCAAAUUGAAAACUCCACAAGGACAGAGAAAGAUUACUGAUAUACAGAAUGCACUCCCAAAAUCUGAAGUGCUGUACUGCGAGCCACCUGCAGAGCUCAAGAGACAGGGGCAGCCACCACCCCCGGCUUUUCCAGCUAACUAUACAAAGAAACCCCCCUUUCUAGAACAUCGUACCGAGAAGAAGCAUUUGCCAAAACGAACUCCACCAAGCAGGCCCGCACCUCUACCUCCAAACAUCAUGGUUCAGCAGGAUUCUUCCAGACUAAGACCACCUCAGAGAGCGCUUCCGGCAAAUCCAGUCUCUUCAGGCAACAGGACAGUGAAUACAGGAGCAGUACCAUCCUAUGGUACUUCAAGGAAUACAGAAAUACAUGCGGUCUUGGCAGAGAAUCGAGCCAUGAGAAAUCCUGGAGCAGCAAAUCCUCUGAAGUUUAGAAGCUGAAAUUUGUCUUAUGGUUCUAAAAUCUGCAUCAAUUCCAUUUGUUAUCACCUGGAAUUUUCAAGGGCUUUGCUUCAUUUUGUACAAGUCUCAGGCUUAAAAAUAACUGAGGCCAAUUUCAGAGCAACCUUUAGGAAUGGACGUUUAUUUUGUAGCAUGGGCUGAUGCAAUUCUCUAGAAAAGGUUUACCUUUCUCCAUUACAACAUUUGUUUGUUGAAAUUGGCAUGAAGAAAGAAGCAGAGGACUUAAUUACUCCUGCAAUUCAUUGUUUCAACAAUGGACAGAUUGAUUAAUCAACAUUGCAUAAUGGAGCCAAUAUAUCUAUCUUUUGAUCACUUUCUGGAACAAAAUCUGAAGUGUUUUAAAGAAGAAAGAAAUGUGAUGCCCCACGAUCAUUUCAUUCUGGUGAGGGAUCCUCCUAAACUAUUUUAGAUCGUAUAGAAGAGUUUUCCAAUUUGAAGAAUUUUGCAUUUAUGCAUUUAAGAGAAGAAUUUUCCUUCCCUUUAAGGAAUCUUCUUCUUACAUAUAUUUAAUCUCUUAUGUUCUUCUAUGGUGUCAACUGUCAAUCCAAAGUUUUUCAGUCCACGCUUUUCAAAAUUCAGAUAUUUUAGCAAUGUAAGUGCAGUUAGUCCAUAUUUUGCCUUGAACUUCCACGAUCCUCUGAGGUAUACUCAGGUCUAUUUGCCUUGGAAUUGUAACAAGUACUGACCAGCUAUGAAGGGUGUUUUUGUGAUGGCAAAUGUUUCCCUUCAACCUUGAUGGUCUUGGCAUCAUUUCUUCUUAGCUAUUAUUUGCUUCAGAUGUCUUACCUAUCUCUGAAAUGAAGCUUUGGGAAGUAAUUGCUGAGCUUUCCUCAAGUGUUAUGAUGUAAUUUCAACAGAAAGUGAAGAAUGAAAAGAUGUUUCUAAUACAGCAUCCAUCUGUAUUUCAAAAGAAAAUAUGUUGAAGGAAGUUCAUAACCCUUUUAUAUGAGGAGGGAAGUGGGCUGUUUUAGAGGGGACUAAAAUAGAGAAGAAAAUGACAAAAAAUAGGCUGGAUUUUAUCAUGCAUGAGGCAGGGCAGGAUUUUUUUCUGUUUUUUCUGUAGAUAAGAUAGGGUAGGUUUUAAAAGCUGUAUUAUGCCUAUUAUAGGUAACUUUAGAGUUUAUUUAUUGUCCAGUCUUGAAAUGAUAGGAACCAACAUUUUGCGGUACAGUUGGAGAAGGUGCAAAAAAGAGACUUUUAAAAAUUCU